AUGGGCGCCCUCGGCGGCGGCGGCGGCGGCGACCUGCGCGCCUUUGCCAACUUUGGCGGCGGCGGCGUCGCGCGCCUCCACGGCGGCGUCCCGCUGCCCGGCGGCGGCAUGAUGCUGCGCGCCGGCCCCGGCGGCGCCGGCGGCGGCUGGUUCGCGCCGGCGGGGGGCCCGCGGCGCGGGGCGGCGCCGGGCGCGCCGGGGGCGGGGGUGUGGGACGAGACGGGGGCCGUGAUGGAUGAGGAGGAGCUUGCGGCCCGCAACUAA